UCAGUAACAGGCAGCAAUAGCAGGCAAAUGAGAAGGGCGAUCUCGUGAAGCCCCAGGCAGCGGCCCUUCCCUGCCGGGAGGCGAUGGAAGCUCUGCCGGUGCUGUGAAUGUUGCCGGGUGCCGGAGGUUCCGCCGCGCUCGCGGACAGUUAUUCUGAGUGACGGCCCUUGCAAGCGCUUCUGAGCGGUUAUCAUGGGCUUCAUUGCCUUUCUGAAGACCCAGUUCAUAGUUCAUCUCCUCAUCGGGUUUGUUUUCGUCGUGAGCGGGCUAAUCAUCAACUUCAUUCAACUAUGCACGCUGCUCCUGUGGCCCAUAAACAAGCAGCUUUAUCGCCGAGUGAACUGUCGCCUGGCCUACUCGCUGUGGAGCCAGCUGGUCAUGUUGCUGGAGUGGUGGUCGGGCACGGAGUGCACCUUGUUCUCCGACCAGGCUACGGUGGAUACCUUUGGGAAGGAGCACGUCAUCAUCAUCUUGAACCACAACUUUGAGAUCGACUUCCUGUGCGGCUGGACGAUGACGGAGCGCUUCGGAGUGCUGGGGAGUUCCAAAGUCCUUGCUAAACGAGAACUGUUGUACGUGCCCCUCAUUGGCUGGACGUGGUACUUCCUCGAGAUCGUCUUCUGCAAAAGAAAAUGGGAAGAAGACAGGGACACAGUGAUUGAAGGAUUAAAGCGCCUCUCUGAUUAUCCUGAAUACAUGUGGUUUCUCCUGUACUGUGAAGGCACUCGCUUCACAGAGACCAAGCACCGUAUCAGCAUGGAGGUAGCUGAAUCCAAGGGGCUGCCCAAGCUCAAGUAUCAUCUGCUGCCCAGAACCAAAGGUUUCACCACUGCUGUCCAGUGUCUCAGGGGAACAGUUUCAGCAGUGUAUGAUGUAACACUAAAUUUCAGAGGAAACAAGAACCCAUCUUUACUAGGAAUUCUUUAUGGAAAGAAAUACGAAGCAGAUAUGUGUGUAAGGAGAUUUCCUCUGGAAGAUAUCCCUCAAGAUGAAAAGGAAGCUGCAAACUGGCUUCAUAAGCUUUACCAAGAAAAGGAUGCUUUGCAAGAGAUGUAUAAUCAAGAAGGGGUUUUCCCUGGCCAGCAAUUUAAACCUCCUAGAAGACCGUGGACUCUCCUAAACUUUCUCUUCUGGGCCACAGUUCUCCUGUCUCCUCUCUUCACCUUUGGCUUUGGAGUUUUUGCAAGUGGAUCACCUCUUCUUAUCCUUGCAUUCCUGGGAUUUGUUGGAGCAGCUUCCUUCGGAGUUCGUAGACUGAUAGGAGUAACUGAAAUAGAAAAAGGCUCCAGCUAUGGCAACCAAGAAUUCAAGAAAAAGGAGUAACUGACAGCUGCAGCUCAGCACAUGUAACCAGACUGUGGUAUCCAAUUAACUUCAGUUAAAAAAACAAACAACAAAAAACACUUAGAAACUAUCUUUUUCUUAAUAACUGAUGACUAAUAUUAAUGAAUAAAACUUGAGCCAAGAAUGAAGAAGUUGGAGGCAUCAACUGAAGCGAAAGCAUCAACUUUCUGCCUGUUUCAGGAUUACGGUAGUCAAACUAUGGCAUCAAAUCUGGAGAAAAAAGAAACUAAUUUUUCUUGCUGUGGGCUCGUGGGGGUGGGAGGGGUAAAAGGGGGGACUGGACAUGGCCAUGUGCAUCUUCAGCUGACUGAACACAUAGGUUUCCUGCAAGAGCUCUACGCUUGCUUUUACAACAGGAGCCACUGAAUGUUUCCUC